CGUUCGGAAGAUGGGUGGCAUUAUGCGAAUUGUGGUCGUGAAUAAGCCACGCAGGGGUGGGUGAACGGUGAUGUUCGAGCGCCUUUGUCUGCGGCCCGCCGCGAGAAAGAGCAAAGGGAUCGGGCGAAGUGGUCGACUUGUUUGUCGAUGUGAUGAACGGGUGCUGGAGAGUGCACACUCCUUCAGACGGCGGUCAUGCAAGGUGACCGAAGUAUGUUGUGAUGGAGUCGUGGAUGGACGUUCGUUCGCCGCGUGAUGUUGUCUUUUCUCGGUGUCGGUCGGGGGUGGUGAAUGCGGUGAUUUACGCGCUCGGUCGGGAGUCGUCGGACGGGAGGUGGGUGAUGGAGAUGAAGAUCAAGGUCGAGUAUCGGUGUCGCGCUGUUACACCAGAUGGGUCACAGGCGGUCGGAGCGGUCGAGUGUGUGGAAGAAGGCGACGCAAAAAGGGCGGCACGACGCGCAAGGAGAGUAGCGAGAGUGUCGAAGCGGAGAACAACACAGUCGUAUCGCAGUCAAACGAACGAAUGGGAGCAGUGAGUGUAGCGACCGGAGUGAAAGAGUGUGGGUGACGGUGUCGAAGGACAGUCGGGCGGGCGGGCGGUGGUGUCGUGGUGGUGGUGGUGAGGGUGGUGGUGGU